CACUCAUAUACCAUAGAAGAAGAAAACAUGUCGACUUCCACAAGCGAGCUUUUACGAUGGUACAGACAGGUUACUUCCCUGAGACCAUCCAUGGCAAACAAAUAGGGAUCACUGUACGGACUUUUCAUGUUGGUGGUUUGCUGAUCCUUUCUAUGACAUGAUGGACGACAGUGAAGUGGAGAUAAUGGCCACGCUGUCACGCAGCUCUUCCCUCGGGGAUGCCGUGUCUGGCAGAGAACAGAAUUCGAUUAAUGAAGAUGACGAGCUCUACAUCCCUGAGCGAAGACCUUCUCUGGACCUGGGGCAGAGUCCAAUGGAUACCAGCCACUGGCAUGUGGACCAGGCCUUUUCUCCAGCUCAGAGCUACAGAUCAAUGACAAGUGAUGACAACGCAAUCAACAUAAGUCAAGAAGAUGGAUCCCCCACAAGGGUUGAGCUGAACAGAGCAGACUCAUACUCUAGCUGCUACUCCUUGGACAGUGACGAUUGUGAAAAGAGAAUCCCCAAGCUUGAACUCAAAGAUGAGACCGUCUCAGAGCUUCCUGAAACACCUGAAUUAAACCAAGACCCAAAUGAGAUGAGGCAUCCUUACCUGACAGUCGCGUUCACUUUCAAGGCUAUUUGUAAAAUCCUUGGGAGGCUGUCCAAAGAAGAGAUCAGGGUUUUCAAGAUGAAGCUGUGGAAGCGUCACCCAAAGUCGUUCAACACUCCUCCCCAAGGCUUGGACUUGGUGGACCUUGUGGACCGCAUGCUCGAGUGUUUCAACCUGGAGGUCUCCUUGCUGAUCACCAAAAACCUUCUCGAGGAAAUCGGGCAAAAAAGGAUGAUUGAUCAUCUCCAGACGUUGUGCCUCAGAAAUGAAGUACGUUGUAAUUUGAGCGAGACUCUGAAGAGGAAAUACGGCGGAAUAUGUGAGGAUUCUGCCAUGCAGGGUGAGAGGAAGCCCUUUGACGAUGUGUUUACCGAUCUCAACAUAACCUCGACAUGUGACAACGGCCCAAAUAUUGAACACGAGGUCAUAACCAUAAAAAAGCUUGACAGCAACCAGAAAUCAGGGGAACUGCUUUCGACGAAGGAUAUCUUUAGCGCUGAAAGGCUGGAGCACUCACACUCCAAGUUGAUGCUGAUCACAGGAGUGGCAGGGUCAGGGAAGUCUAUGGCAGUCAGAAGGUUAGUCCUCGAUUGGAUUGAAGAGAGGAGCCACCAACACGUGUCCUUCUUGUUUCCUUUGCCGUUCAGAGAGCUCAAACAGUUUGAGAAUUCUAAAAUCUCCGUGUUGGAAAUAAUACAAACACUGUACCCAGAAACCAAGAAACUGCGGGAUGAGGAUUACAGAUGCGACGACUGCAAAAUAAUGUUUGUCUUUGACGGUCUGGAUGAGUACAACGGGACGCUGGACUUUCAAAACACUUCAGUUCUCUAUGACAUCAAAGACCCCACCACCCUGAACGUCAUCGUGGUCAACCUCCUCCGAGAGCGGCUGCUCUACCGCAGCCUCUCUCUGGUCUUCUCUCGACCGCAAGUAAAUCACUGCAUUCCUUGGGAUACGAGUUAUGACGAGAUCGAUGUGCGUGGUUUCGGUGAUCCUCAAAAGGACGAGUACUUCAAGAAGAGCUUUAAGGACCCAGAUCAAGCAGCUCGAGUCAUUGCCUACAUCGACUCCUCCCAAACCCUCCGCAUCAUGUGCCACUUGCCCCUGUUCUGCUCACUGGUGGCCGAUGAGUACCGGCACAUUUUCACGGGACGGGCCACGUGGUCAGAGCCGCCCAGAAGCAUCACUUACAUGUACACCAAGCUGCUGCUCGCACUCCGACAGCGUCGCAUAUUUAGAGCUCCGCAUCGUAGCCUGGAGGAAGAGAGAGACUUCCUCAUACAAGUUGGAAAGUUGGCCUUCACCAUGCUGGAACAAGGCCAGUAUAAGAUCACAAAAUACGACUGGAAAGAGGUGGGAAUCAACGACGUGGAGGUGGUGAUUAACAGUGGCCUGUGCACACAAUACAUCACAAAGUCAAACGUCUUGCAUCAGGAGAAAGUCAUCAGCUUCAUCCACCCCACCGUGCAAGAGUACCUGGCGGCCCUUUACGUGUUCCUCACCUUUACGAACCAGGGGAGGAACAUUUAUGAGCAGCAGCUGAAAGACAAGCUGAAGGGGAUGUUCAAGGCCAACACGCCGAUGGAGCUGUACAAGAGCGCUCUGGACAGUAGCCUGCAGUGUGACGAUGGAAAACUGGACAUUUUCCUGCGUUUCCUCCUCGGAAUGACUCUCGAGACCAACUUGGAACUCCUCCAGCCGUUCUGCACAUGUCCUGUAAAGUGGCCAACGCUCCCGGAGGAUGCCGCUGCGCUCAUCAGGAAGAGGAUCGGAGACAACCAGCAUCCCGCCAGGAACAGCAACUUGCAGCGCUGCCUCGAAGAGCUGAGUGCGUGAGCCUCACGGACGGCAGACAUUAGAGCCGACUCUUCAACAAUGAUCAUGGUGCAAUGUUCAUUUUGAUGCAAAAUAACUAUCACGCUUCCACUGAAUUCCUGUUGAAGGAAAACGGGUUGAGGCGUGCCACACGUUUCUCCUGUUCAACCAGCAUAUGCACUAAUGGAGCUAAUUACUUAUAAAACUACACUGAUGGAUAAAAGAUGUGGUACAAUUGUGAGAAAAAAUGCACAUAUAAUUUGUGUUCAAAUGGAUUUAGAUAAUAAGGGGCCUUAUUUUGUAAGGUAAUUUUUUCCUGUUUUUAUGCAAUCAAAUAUUUGUUGUGGUCAUUAAUAUUUCCAUGUGUGGCAAGCUUGUGCUUGUUAUGACUUGUUAUUUGGACACUAGUGUUUUGGUAUGUAAUGUAAAUGCAGUUUUCCCAUCGAAGAGCUGUUAAUCCUAAAUUGCUAAAAAAAGUGAUUGUACUCAAAUUACUCUCAUCACUGAAAGUACUGGUUGGUAAUAACCAUUGAAGAGAUAGCAGGACAUCAAACAAUAAAUCUCAAGUGAAACAAC